AUGGAAGCGGAUAAAUAUCGUUCACCCUAUAUGCCUCCUUCUACUCUCGCCAUGUCCAUGUACUCAGAUCCUAAAUAUAUGGAUUCGCCAUCGAAAAGCUAUUUGGAACGCGGAUACCUCGAUUCUACAUCGGCUCUAACCAAAGCCUACUUCGAAUCUUCUAAAAUGUACAUGGAUGCCAAUAUAGCAAAUAAAUACAAUCCGGAUGCUACAAGGAGUUACGCUCAUGCAGGCUUAGAACUCGGAAAAAUGUACUCAGACCAUCACCAACACCAGCAACAGCACAGUCAACAAGUUUCGAUGAGUUCACCUAGAUCAUCAGACUCUCCAGAUGUGAAACCAAUGCAAGACAGGCUAGAAGGUAGUUCGUCAUCCAGUUCGACAACGACUUCUUCGGCAGGCGCUUCGCCUGGAGGUCUUCCCGGGUAUUAUCCUUCGAGUGCAAUGCAACAAAGUACCGCCGGAUUACUGCCGAUGGCGCAGUAUCCCGGGCAAUAUCCUUCGCAGAUACCCGGUAGUGAAUUUAGGAAACCGCUUACUGUCAUAUUUUGA